AUGGCGCUCGAUCCGCAACUGUACACGCUGCACUUUGCGCGCCGUCUACGGCAGCAGGACACAGUCGAUAUCGUCGAGGCAUCGUCGAAAGACACUUCGCACCCCCUCUACAUCCGACAGAGAGCGCGACGGUCACCAAUCUACGACACCAUCCUGCUUGAUGGCCUACUCGACCAGCCUCUGGCAUCCGUCUCCUCCGCCUCGUCCUCCAAUCGAACCAAAUUAAUCAAGCUGCACUAUCCGGAAUCCUCGACGCAGCUUCAAAAGCAAGGCCUAACGUUCGCGCAGGAAUGGAGGUUCCAGUGGGAGGGCUCCACGUACGCUUGGAAGCGCGAGUCGUCAUUCGGCGGGGGCGGGCCAGGCAAGAACGAGUAUAGUUGCUGGGCGAUACGCACGCCCGAUCCUAACAUAUGGAUCAGCAUCUACAAGCCUAUUAUAGGUGGUGUGAGACGCAAGGGUGGAGCCAUCCCGAACGGUGUGGACAACGGCAGCAAGCAGCGGCAAGAGCCACUGUCCGCCGUUGAGGCAUUCAUGCAAGUCCUCGAUCACAAUAUUGCACGCAUAGACCCAGCCGUGCAAGAUCGCAAAGGGCUCGAGAUCGCCAUGCUCAUGGCCCUCUGCUCGAUCCUUGACCAGGAUUACGAUGAGAAGUACCGAGAUCCGUCGGAGAACAUGUACUUGUCCACCACGCCCUGUGGCUCCGGGAGCUUGGGCGCGCAAAGCGCCGGUGCAAGCAAAGAUGCUGAUAAGAAGGGUCUCGUUUCCAAUGUGGAUUCUCUAUUGCUCAAAGGCAGGCAGCACUCAUUUGGUGGUAGCUCAGAUGGCGUCGAAACGUCUCCGAACGAGAUUCAUAUCAAAGCGUGGGGUGAAGUUUCCGAAUACGUGUCACACUGCAUAACGCUCUUGCGAGAUGAUGGCCCUGCUCCACAGUCUUCAUUGGAGCAGACAUCGAAUAGUCACGGACAUGGACUAUCGAUCAUCCUCCUGAAGACUUCUUCACCAGAGACUGCGCAGAAGGCUGUCGCUGUCGCUGCGGGAGUCAAGGCUGCAUUCUACCGUCUUCCAGAAGAGAAGAAGGGCAAGAAUUCUGGAGAGGAGCUAUUCCAAUACUUACGAACGGAGGAUGUGCCUCGUGCUGGCCCUUCGUCAUCAGCGGACGGCGACGCAGCGGCAGCGUUGUCAUCACCAUCGAGAGCGAGCAAGCCAGGUGGGCGGCCCAUUAUCAAGCUGAACGCGCCGCCGCCCGGCCCACCAGCCCCUCCCAAGCCCAAACCGGAGCCGUCCAAAGUGCAUGGGAGCACUGCGAAUGCAUCGUACAUUCCGCCCUCGUCCCUGACGAUCUACCUCUCGAAAGAACGAAUAGCAGAGCUCGAGCCGAAAGGCCAGCCUGCACCGCGUAUACCGCCGAAGGGGUACUCUACAGCAGGAGCAAAGUCGCCGUCAGCGCCAGCGCAGCACUCACCACCGAAAGCGUUCGUGCCGUCCGGUCACCGGCCGCCGCUUGCGGCUCUGCCGUUCGGCUACGGCGUAACCGACAGCAGUGGCUCACCGAUAAGCACGGGAACAAGCGCGAGCACGAACAUGACAAUGGGUAUGCAGCUGGGUGGCCCAUUUCGCCCGCACAAGAGUUCGUCGCGGCCUGCCAGCACAGGUGAGCCAGCGUCAGAGGAAGCGGGCAGCGGAGUUAAAGACGGGCUCAAGGGGAAGUUAUUUGGCAAGCUGGGCAUCAAGAAUUGA